AUGAGUAUUGAUGAUCCUCUCGUUAAUGAUGAUCUUAUUGAACAAAGAAGAUAUCGUGAAUCAAUGGACCCUGUUAUACCAAGUAAUUUUAAUUCAUUACGUUGUUGUAAAAUAUGUGGAUUAAUUAAGAGUCAAGAACAAUUUCAAAGAGAUGGAUGUGAUAAUUGUAAACGAUAUUUUGAUAACUGGGAAGACUAUGUUUCUAGUAAUUUUACUGGUAUGUUAUCAUUACUUCGACCUGAUAGAAGUUUUAUAGGAAAAGUUCUUGGUAUGAAAGAUACUUAUGUGUGUGGUUUAUAUGCUGCUUCUUGUGAAGAUAGUGUUUCUCCUGAAAUAGAGAGUACUGCUGCAGUGAAUGAUAUUCAAGUGUUUUGUUUAAGAAAAUAA